AUGGGGAGCCUCCACGGAUGUCUGCCGCUGCAUAUAAGGAGUCAUGCAAGUAACAGGUGGCGUCGCUUCCUCAGGCGCUGCUGCCGCCCUUCGCAGCUGGACAUACAGUACAGUGCAGUUCAAUGUAAACUGCUGCUGACGAACCCGAGCCGUCUGUACAGCUUGGCGGCACUGCGGCAGAAGCAGCAGCAAUCGUGUGCAAGAGAAGACCCUGCGUUUUUGCUGCUGCUGCUGCUGCUGCUGCUCAUCACGGGCAUCGGCCAUGCAGCAGCGCUGCAAGCAGCAGGAGCAGCAACUUUCGCAGCAGUUGCUGCAGCACCACUGUGUGCAUUUGUGUUGUCUGCGUUGGUGGUGAUUCCACUGGCUUUCUUCUGUCAUACCCGAGAGGUUGGGAGUGCUGUUACUGCUGGCGUUCUACCGAACAACGACAGCAGCAGCAGCAGCAGCGGUAUACCUACAGCUGAGAGGACAGCAGGGAGCAGCGGCGUUCCCCCGUUUGACUUUGCAUAUGCAUUUGAUUUACACUGCAACGCUAUCGGCAAGCUGCGCUCUGCUGCACCUCUAUGGGGGGCUGGUAGCCUUCUGGUGUUAGCAGUUAUUGCAUGCAGUGCUGCAGGAGCAGAGCUAAUGUACUGUCCCGCUCGUUUGGUGCUGCUGCUGCUGUCAGACACAGCGCCAGCGGAACAUGCUGCAGCUGCUGCUGCUGCUCCUGCUGCUGCUGCUGCUGCAUCGGCGCCUCUGUCUGCUGAUAUUCCGCUAAACAGAUGA